GGGGGAGGGGGAGGAAGAGGGGGAGGGGGAAGGGGACGAGGAGGAGGACGAGGACUGCAGCUGUUGAUGCAUCCAGAUCCAUUUGCAGCACAGCGUCGGAGGAGCUCCAGCAAUCAAUCAAACAAUCUCCUCCUCCUCCUCCUCCACCUUCUCCCCCCCCCCACCCCCGAUCCAUUCCUCUCUCCGCCCACACCUCCCUCCAUCUUAUAAGCCUUCUUUUCCUUCGAUUUGGCGUCACCUGUUACCGGAACUGGGACACCCCCUGGGGAGGGUAGACGCAGAGGGAAUUGCUGGGUGACACUGGUGUGUCGGAGUGGUGGUUGCUUGGAAGGGAAGGAGGAGAACAGUAGAGGGAGGAGAGUAGCGGAGCGGAGAGGUGAGGAGAGGAGAGAAGAAUUGAGUAGAGAUCAUUUUUUUUGUUUAUUUUUUAAGAGUGUAGGGAAAUGGUUUUGUUCAUGAGUAGUUUAGUUGGUUCCCUGAGUUAAGGAGGAGGUCAGGUGUGGGAAGACGGUUUGUCAUGGCGCAGAGCGGUAGGCCGCUGCCUCCGCAGCUGGAUAAGACCAGCACCAAGGAGCUUAACCUCGUCGUCUUGCAGCGGAUGGACCAGUUCGUAGAGGAUAUUUUGGCUACUGCCACUCAUGUCAGCGUCUAUCAGAUGAAUUCGGAUACCAACCAAUGGAUUAGCAAGGAUGUGGAGGGUUCACUGUUUGUCGUAAAAAGGGGAAGACAUCCACGGUUCCAGUUCAUAGUGAUGAAUCGACGAAGCACAGAUAAUUUGGUGGAGAAUCUAUCGGGUGAUUUAGAGCACACUUUACAAUCUCCAUAUUUUAUUUACCGCAACGCCAACCAGGAAGAUUUAUGCAUUCAAUUCCAUAAUUCGUCGGAGUUUGACGAUGUUACCAGUCUUUUCCAGAGAUUGUUAGACAGCCUCUCCAAACAUCAUCUAAAACCAAGGUCAUUUUCGCCAAGCUCCGAGUUUACAGAACUGGAGACAGUUCCUACAUCAUUCCACUUGGAAAGUCCACUGGAGCGUGGCCCUCUCGUAUCUUCAGCACUCCCCGAGGCUCAGGAUGAGCCACAUGAGCGUUUCUUCCAUAGCACAUUUCGCAGCACCUCACCUGAUGUUAUCCUCACAGGGCCUUCUCGUCCUCCAACAACUUAUCCAGUGCAACCUCGCACAAUCGUAUCUGCACCUCAUACUCUUCCACCUAUGCCUAUGCCAUCUUUAAUAUCGCCACCGACAACUGCUUUACCGCCUACUUCUCUAGCACCGGCUUUUUCUCUCGACUCGCCUGAUGUUAUUUCUGUAGGUCGCGCAACUCUCAUAAAGCCAUCCUACUUUGCUCAUCCACCUCUGAAUUCAGCUCACGGAGCCUCUAGUGCUCCCACUGGCUCUCUAGCUCCUCCUACAGCUUCUGUGCAACCUUCACAUGGUCUUCCGUUCUCUCAACAUUUUCCCUCAAGUCCCCCAGUCUCGCUUUCUCAACCCAUGCAGUUUAGUGGAUCACUAUCUAAGGGUGCAGUUCGAGAGGCACUUAAUCGCCUGGUCAAGAAUGAACAAUUCAUAGACAUAGUGUACCGAGAGAUAGUGAAUAAACAUAGUUAUUGAUACGCUCGAAGAAUGGAGGCAUGAUCAGGAUAGCACGCUUGCGAAGAUUUCAGAAAAUGUUUGGUCUCGACCACGUGUGUUUGGACUUGCACGUACUGUGGUCGGUGGAGCUUACUGAGAAGUAUAAAGAUUGUUGUGUAUGGAGCCGGAUAACGGUUUUGAAGACCGUGUCAUGCCUCUUGCGGUCCUUUCUACGUACGUAUUUGCUGAAAUGAGAGCUUCGGACAUUGUACAGUAGUUGAAAACAGUACUCUUAUAAUGAAAUGUGACAUUGCUGGAACAAUGUAAUGUACGUAAACUGAGACUCAAGUACUAUUGGAGCACCUCAAUGAAUCUUAAAUAUGAGGCUUA